GUUUAGCUUGUCGUGGCUACCACGUCAAGUUGAGACUUGUGAGCGUUGGGAUCAUGGCGGAGCGCAGGAGGCAUAAGAAGCGAAUUCAGGAGGUCAGCGAGCCCACCAAGGAGGAGAAGGCGGUGGCAAAGUACUUGCGUUUCAACUGCCCCACCAAAUCCACCAACAUGAUGGGCCACCGAGUGGACUACUUCAUUGCUUCCAAAGCCGUGGACUCGCUUUUGGACUCCAAGUGGGCAAAGUCAAAAAAGGGGGAGGAGGCCUUGUUCACCACCAGAGACUCUGUGGUUGACUACUGCAACAGAUUACUAAAGAAACAGUUCUUUCACCGCGCCCUGAAAGUCAUGAAGAAGAAGCCAGAGAAGGAGCUGAAGAAGGAGAAGGAGAAAGAGAAGGAAAAGGAGAAAGAGAAGGAAAAGGAGAAAGAGAAGGAGAAGGCCAAAGGGGAUAGUGGCAAGGAGGAGGAGAAGAAGGCCAAGAAAGAGAAGAAGAAGGAGUCCGAGGCAGAGUCCAAAAAGGAGAAGAAUGAGGACAGUCCUGGCUCGCCCAAGAAGAAGAAGGACGUGAAGAAGAAGUUCAAACUGGAGCCCCAUGAGGACCAGCUGUUUUUAGACGGGAACGAGGUGUUCGUGUGGAUUUAUGACCCAGUGCAUUUCAAAACGUUUGCUAUGGGGCUGAUACUUGUCAUCGCGGUGAUCGCUGCCACGUUGUUCCCACUCUGGCCUGCGGAGAUGCGAGUGGGCGUGUACUACCUGAGUGUGGCGGCUGGCUGCUUCGUAGCCAGCAUUCUCCUCCUCGCCGUCGCUCGCUGCAUUCUAUUCCUCCUUAUCUGGCUGGUGACUGGAGGCCGCCACCACUUCUGGUUCCUGCCCAACCUGACGGCCGACGUGGGCUUCAUCGAUUCCUUCCGCCCGCUCUACACGCACGAGUACAAGGGCCCGCGUGGCAGCGGCAAGAAGAGCCUCACUGACAAGGGCGACGGCAAGUCCCUGGAGUCCAGCAAGGCGCAGAAGUCGGACAGCGAGGAAAAGUCAGACAGCGAGAAGAGGGACGAGGAAGACGAAGAUGAGGAGGAGAGCAAGGAGGGCGAUGGAGACGGCGGCGGCGGCGAUGGCGAUGGUGCCGACGCAGCGGAGAGCGAGGGCCUGCCGACGGAGCGACACUCGGACACAGACAGCGAGCGGCGGGAAGACGAGGGCUCGCAACACAGCAAUGGCAACGACUUUGAGAUGAUCACCCGCGAGGAACUGGAGCAGCACACAGAAGAGGAGGAAGAUGAGGAAGAGGAGGAGGAGGAGGAGGGGACGGAGGGGGAGGACAGAGAGGAGAGCGGUGGGCCCAAGCCUGAUACCGCUCAAACUUAAAAUAGAUUUAAAAAUACAACAUAAAAAACAAAUACACACACAAACAUUUCGCCUCAAGCAACACGACGCCCACGCACUCCACAAGGACCUGCUAACAGUGCUUCUGUGCUGUCCUGGAGUGCCUCCCAUUUCUGUGUCUGUUUUGAGAUCUUCCAAAUCGAGAAUAACAGAAAACAUCGUGGCAAAGAAGAGAGACCAGCUAUGACAAUGAAAAUGUACAAACCGUCUUUUUUCUGUUAUCUAGAAUAUUUCUCCCAUAUAUAUAUAUCUCUAAAAAAGCAUAAGUAUGUAGGUGAGAAUCCCGCCUCUCCUCUAAGCUUGAGUCUGUUGAUCACGUUUUUUCAACUCAUGGUUUAGUAAUACAUUUACCCCUAAUGAAUCCAUCCUUUAAAAGCAUCAUUGUGCAACUUUGAGUUUACAAAACAAGGAAAUAAGAGAGAUAAUUGUUCUUGAGAAUUAUUCUUUUAGCCUUCACAUUGCUCCAUAGACUUAGCUGAAGGAGAGUGGUAUGUGAUUUCGCGUGUCAGGAGAUUGCAGGGUAAAUCUUGAUUUCGUAGCGCCCCGUUCGAGACCAAGUUUUCUUUGGUUCGAAGCUAAUGUGUUAAAUGGGAUGUCUCACCAUGGCAUGGUUAGGCUACGUGUGUGUCUGUCGCUGACUCUGAAUCAGUAGUCCUCCUGUUUGUUUGGACCAAAAUCAAUGUGUUUCGUCCUUGUUGGGAAAACUGUGGCCGUCACAUGAGCAGUGUUUACAAUUCUCUCAGAAGAAUCUGAAUGUUGCAUUCAGCACCCAAAAUCUGGCUCUUAACGCCCCGCUGUACGGGGACAGACUGGGCUUGUCCUUGUAUGUGCACAAUCUUUUUUGUUUGUUUGUUUUGUUUGUUUGUUUAUUUUAUUUCCCCCUCACACGUGAAUUCAAAAACAAAACAAAUGGCCUCACCCACUUGACACGGUACUUCAGCUGAUAUGGAUUCAGAUCGAUGUUGAUUUUAUAAAGUGAUAAAACGUGAAGCAACUGUUUUACCCGAUGGCAGUGAUAACCAUUUAUCUUCUUGUUCAAAUUAGAAAGGACCUAAGAAAAUAGAGGCAAAGCCAAGUAACGUGGUAGCGUGGAGCUUGAUGAGCAUACAGUACAUUCAUAAACGACACUAGUGCCAAACUCUUUUUCUACAUUUCAUUUUCAUUUGUGAAGACUUUCAUAUGAGGAGUGACAAUUUAGUAAUUUUCAACGGUAUGUUCAAGAUUUCACCCCCCCACACACACAACCCCCAUCAGACACAGGUCAUGCAGGUCAGGGAGACUCAGAAAGGAUGUGGCAGAUCAGUUGGAAGCCUAAGACAGUUAUAUGAACUUAAGUGAUGCUUCAGUUGCGGUUUGGUACUCUUGUGGGUAGAAUGUUUGUUGGAGUCUCUUAUUAAUUUAAAAUGGUAAUUCACUGAUAUUGAGAAACCUAUGAAGCUAUGGUUCAGUACGGCCUAUUAACACGUGGCUAUCCUUAUCAGGCUGUGGUCCAAUUCUGUCCUAACAUAGGGAUACAUUCUAUGUACUAGAUAUUUAUUUCACAUUAGAUGUUCUUUUAGUGAGGAUAAUAUUUAAAUAAUUGCAAAUAUAUCAUUUAUAUAGAAAAUCUAUAAAUAUAUCAAGAUGUACUCGCGCUAACAGUUUGGUCAAUGAUGAACAACUGCAUUGAACAUAUACAUUUUUAUAGUGUCCAAGUCUACUGUUUUUCUUUUUGUCCCUUUUUUGAUACCAUAGAGUGGAGAUGCCAUUGCCAGGUAACAGAUUGUUACGGUUCAUUAGACAAGUGACAAAUCAGGGUCAGCUUCCUGUGUGCUCAGCUGGCAUGCUUAACCAUGAAGAGGCAGAUAAAGUUUACCAUUUUUACAUGGUCUAUUUUCAGUAAAUCAGUGUGAAAACUUCAAUAUGUACUUAAUAUCCAGUUCACAUGAUGGAUUUAUUUGGCUUGUCCUUCACGCUCAUAAUCACAGACCAGUACAAUGUAAAAUGUGAAUGUUUGGUUCAAACCUGAAUCCUGUCAUGGACAUUCUUUGAAAACUUUCCCCACCACACCCAAUGGGAAAAUAACGUGUAUUGUGUAAAGGUCCUAAAUGGUGGUAAUUUUUCAUUAAUCUCAAUUUUGUUUAUAUACCCUCGAAAACUGAGAUGUAUGUGAAAAUCUGUUGUUUUGACCCCUUCACUUUCAUCGCCUUGUCUCCCACCCUGAUUUUCUUGAAUACAAGCGUGAACCUGUACAGGAAUGAUGUAGUAAACGCUGCACAUCUGAUUGAUCUAAGCGGAUUUCUCUCUCUCAUUACUCGAGGCAGUUCCUGUUUUUUUCUGUUGUUUGUCAUCUUUCUUUCUUUGAGAGCAAGCUGCCAUUGUGCCCGGGCCAUUUGUAGAAAACGACUUCAUGAGAACUCUCAUGUUGUUCUCGAGUGUUGCACAGUAUCAAGUCUGUUGUGUUCUGUAGUAUUGCUGUUUUGCUGCUUCUCAUCCAGCAUUCUUUCAUGAGGAAACGGAAACAGCCCCCCCCCUUCGCCCUUUUUUUUAAAAAAUGGUCAAAAUGUCUUCAACUGCUUAGUUGUCCAUAUUUGGAUUAAUAUCAUUGAAGACUGUCUCUUGCGAUAUUUUGAGUAUAAUUUAAGUGAUGUCUGUCUUGAGGUAUAUCUGUAUCCUUUCAUUGCAAUAAAAUAUAGAGAGCAGAU